UAAAUGCCCUGCCCUUAGAUUAAACUCCUCCUCCGUUUCUCUCUCAGCAUAUCAUAACAUAUUUGUUUAAUUUUGCCGAAAGCUAUCUCCUUUCCUUUUCGUCAUUUCUUCACCGCCCCUACCUCUUCGGAAACAGCAAAAAUAACUUGCAAACCCAGAAGCAAGCAACCCUUUGAACAAGCGCAGCCAAAAAGAAAGAAGCAAACAUGUCUUCCCCAAGCAAACGCCGUGAGAUGGAUUUGAUGAAACUGAUGAUGAGUGAUUACAAGGUGGAGAUGAUCAAUGAUGGCAUGCAAGAGUUCUAUGUGGAGUUCCAUGGACCGAAAGACAGUCCCUACCAAGGAGGGGUGUGGAAGAUAAGAGUGGAAUUACCAGAUGCUUAUCCUUAUAAGUCUCCGUCUAUUGGAUUCAUUAACAAGAUCUACCACCCAAACGUGGAUGAAAUGUCUGGUUCAGUUUGCUUGGAUGUUAUCAAUCAAACUUGGAGCCCUAUGUUCGAUCUGGUGAAUGUAUUCGAAGUGUUUCUCCCCCAGCUUCUUUUGUAUCCCAAUCCCUCAGAUCCUUUGAAUGGAGAAGCUGCUGCACUAAUGAUGCGUGAUCGCUCUACCUAUGAUCUCAGAGUGAAAGCAUCUUCUCUCGUUCAGCAUCUCUUGUGUCAACCUGAUUUUUGUAUUUCCAAUUGAUGUAUCCAUGACAUCCGCUCACAUCCAGCAUGAUUGCUGCUACCUUCUGCAGUAGGUAAUGGAGCACAGCCAUUGGUACUGCAUGUGUGAGCAAGUAGUAUUGAAUGGGUUAAUAUAUUCUUGGUCAUAAUGUGAGUCUUGAAAUCUGCCCUUUGGCUUCCAACAAUAAUCUUCAAGUGUCCUACCUUAUGGAUGGAAUCUGAUAAUUUCAAUGGUAAUCUGGAACUCUUUCCAUUAAAAUAGAUAUACUGCUGAGGAAAUAGCAUAGUAUCCCAUUGUCUCUUUGCGUCUUGAUUGCGAUGCGAGUAGACUGCGUGGAAGUUCAAUGGUGUUGCUAAUUCUCUGCAUUCUGUUCUAGUAAUAAUGGUUGUUUGAAACAUGUAAGGGAGAGAACCAAAACAUGAGAACCAUAAUCUUCAUUGGUUGAAUCAAUUUAAGUGUGUCUCUUGUCACUCUUACUGAAAGUCUGUUGCAUCACAAAUAGCACAUUCGUCAUCUGCAAUUCUUUGCAACCUCCUGAACUUUUGCUAAUCCAAUUGCCUUGCAACAGAGUAUUGUGAAAAGUAUGCGAAGCCAGAGGAUGCCGGGUCAAAACCAGAAGAGAAAUCGUCAAGUGACGAGGAGCUGAGUGAAGAUGAGUAUGCAUCCGAAGAUGAGCAAGUUGCAGGGAAAGCUGAUCCUUGAUUGCCUACUUGUAGCCUGGUACCCUGCUCUUUACUAAUUGUCUGUAAUCCUGUACAUGAUAGCUUUCAUCGUUCUUCGAAGAUGGAAACGAAAUCCCAAAGAAAAGAUACGGAGAACAGAAAUGCUGAAGGGGGUGAAGGGGAAAAUUUUCCUUACCCCUGACAGUCAUGAACUUUGAACCUUUGUGUAUAUUGUUUCAGCAGUGGGAUUGAUGUUUCGGAUAUUCAUUUAUUACUCUUUGUUGGGACAAUGUCUAUUUGCUCUUUUGCUUUGGGG